AAAGGGAACAACGGAGCUGCAACACUGCACAUAUAUCUGGCAGUACGAAAUCGCGUCGGCGAUCGCAGUCUUCGGGAGGGUUGUCUUCGAGGACAUCGCGAUCGAGGAGCACAGUCUCGUUUUCUGGCAAGGAGCACGCCGAUAAUACGACAUCGCGAACAAGGCGAAACAAAAAGUGCAGCUCGUCACCCGCUUCGCGGCGUCGGGCGGACCGGAGACGUUCAAACUGCAGGUUCGGAUCUUCUAGUAGAAACGGCAGAAGGAAAUUCACAGACCACGACAAACAUGGUCGUCAAGAUGUUCAUCUAGGCUUCAACGAUUCAUCGGAGGACAAGAUCAAGAAGAGCAGGGAUGAAGAUCAACAAGCUGCGAUUUGUUCCGAGUUUUUGCGCCGGACCGGCAGUUUUCAGCCGUCAGGGCCAGCUGACACCAGCAGGAUUUCGCCAAAAGAACGGUUGUUGUAUGUGCACCAGCCGCGGCGGUUGGAACAAACACAAAUAUUUAAGCACGAGCACAGGAAUCGAAGUGAGCAUGAUCGAAGUGAAACAGCAACGCCGCGCGAAGGACGAAGGGUGCCUUCUUCUGUUUCGCUCACACCAGCUGCUGCGCCACACAACAGGGACUUUCUUCAGCCAGAUACUGCUAUGUCGCGGGGAGCAAUGCGUGCAACUGCAAGUGAUAUGUUGAACGGCUCAACAUCCGCACAAGCAUCGUCAAGCCGACAUAUGAUUUCCGCCCGCUCUGCUGCUCCCGCGGCAGUGCCGAACGCCAACGUCGCAGCGAAGGACGAACUGACACACAGCGCAGCCUCAACCCUGAUCACCACGAAAUGCUGCUACGAGGAGGAUAUGUUGGGCGAUGCAGGUGCAGCAGCAGGAGGACAACGAGGAUAUGGACAUCAACAACACGAAGUAAAAGCGGUUCCUGCAUCAUCUUCAAAAGCUGUGUUCCGCCCAGACACCGCGACGCCGGGGGAU